AAAAAAAAAAAAUUUGGGAGUAAAUGCAUUAAAUUCUCCAAAACCCUAGCGCCGUUUGCGAAACAGCUUUGGGUGUCAAAGUCGUCGUCCCUAAUCAAGGACCAGCCGAGGACUUAGGACUUUGUUUCCGAUUAUCUCUCUCUGUAAUCUUCUUUUUCUUCCCGUCGCCGUUUCCGAGAGAAGUUUUAAUUCGUUCUCCUCCUCUCCAAUCAAGUCUUCGCCGAGGAAUGUGAUGGCCAAUCCUCUCUUACCGAUGCGUCUGUUUAGGGAAGGUGCCGAACCCAACGGUGAGAGAGUUCAAUCUUAUAGUGAGCUACCCUUCAUCGACGAAAUCGCUAACAGCUUGGAUGCGGAAGACCUCCAAUUUCUUCGAGAUUCGCAGUUUGGGAAACUGUUUGAGAUUCCAGAGGGACCGGCAUAUUCUGGGAAGCUAAUACAUUUCUUGUUGUCCAGACAGCUUGUAGUUAACAAGGAAAAUGAAAUCUGGGUGGUCUUUGCUGGCUCCCCUCUACGGUUCUCUAUUUCAGAGUUUCAAAGAAUGACAGGAUUAAACUGCAACAAACCUCCACAGUCGAAAGCGAGGAAGAGCAAACGCAAACUCCUCCCUGGGAAGUAUUGGUACACGCUAUUUGAUCGAGCUGACGUUUCUGUUGAGUGGGUGGUUGGUCGAUUGAAGAAGCGUUUGGUCCCAGACAAAGAAAUUCGUCUCCGCUACGCUAUGCUUGCUCUCAUUGAUGGCGUGUUGUGUCCAACGUCUGGCAAACCCAAAAUUUCUCCUACUCACGCAGAUAUGUCAGAGAAUCUAGAAAAAUUUCUCAAUCACCCCUGGGGUACUACAUCUUUCCAAUUGACGUUGAAGAGCAUCAAAGCAAGGGGAGCAGAGAAGCUAAAGCGAAAGUCCGUGACUGUCCAAGGAUUCCCUCAUGCCCUCCAACUUCUAUUGUUGCACUCUGUCCCAAUUAUCAAGGAGUUGCAAUUUCCUGACCCUGAUCUAGAGGCAGAUGGUGAUUCAGAAAUGGAGGAAAUUGACACAGAAAUCGAACGUCUUUGGAGCUUGAAGUUGGAUAUUGUUUGGAAGGUUGAUAAGAAAUUGACGACCAAUGUUGUCUCUAUUCUCAGUGGAGAAGUUAAUGGUGACCCGCUGGGGAGUGCAUCAUGGGUUGAGGACAGAGAUGAUGCUGCUGUUGACCAAAUGAUCCAACUUAUAGGAAGAAGAGACAAAUUCACAGCUUCCAUGUUUGGUGGUGGACUGUUGCCUGACUCUCUUCCGGAUGAUAAAAAUGACAACAGCGACGUUUGUAGCACUCAUGAUUCCUUGGAUGAGGUAAAUGGUCCCAAAAGAAAAAGGAAAGGUAAAGCCAAUGUCCAAAUUUCUGAGGCGAUGAAGCAAUACGUUGAUAUGAAAGACAAGCAAUCAGAGAAUCGUAUGCUGAAGGCAAUCUCUGAGUCUGAGGGUCGCUUGACCAAGUUGAUCAUGGAAGCUAUUUCAUCUUUCAGAUGGGUCCCGUCGAUUACAAUGACUCGCCUCAUGCUUGCAAAUCCUUCCAGGGAAGCUGCAAAUGCUAUGAAUAGGUAUGCUGGUAAUAGAGAAAAGGGAUUAUCUGUUGAUCCGGUAGCUCCCUCGGUAGCAAGUUCCAUGAUAGGUAACUCCAUCCCAACAUGGCCUAUAGAUUAAAAAAAUAGGUUAGGUAUGUUAAAUCAUAACAUCCAACUUGUAUAUAUAACAUGGGGGGUGUUAAUAUAGCAACACAGUAUAA